AGUCAACACGGACGAGCCGGGCACACCUCGCAAGCAAGCUUUGGAUAUUAUCUCCACAGUCCACUAACAAUUAUGAAUCACAAUGGGUCUUGGGAUUCAAUAGAACCGAAUCUAGUAGCUCUCACCAGUCGAUUGGAGGAUUUGUGUCUGAGGACCCGUGGAGAAUUGGCGUGCCAAAACACGUGAACAUGGCCACUGAGGAGGUGCUUAAAGAUCCAAAGCGGCCCAGACCCUAUCAGUCCGAAUUGCUUCAAAAGGCUGUGGAAAAGGACAUCAUUGUCUUUUUGGGUACAGGGACAGGCAAAACCUUUAUUGCUACGUUGCUUAUCAAAGAAUUAGGGCAUCAAAUCAUAGACAGCGGGAAAGUCACAAUUUUCUUGGUUCCCUCGGUCUCGUUGGCCGAGCAGCAGCACCAAUUUUUGAGAGACAAUCUGCCUUUCGAAAUUGGCAGAUUCACCGGCAAUGAUAACGUGGAUAAUUGGACUGAUCACGAAUGGAAGACCAAUCUGAAAGGCGUUCAAGUGUUUGUCAUGGUUCAUGACGUGUUCCUCCUUGCCCACCAGAGAGCCUUCCUUCCCUGGGGUCAAGUGAACCUGGUGAUAUUCGAUGAGUGUCAUCACGCCUCUAAAAACCAUCCGUAUGCCCGGAUCCUCACGGACUUGAAGGAAUACAAGAAGUCAAUGAGAAUGAUCGGCGAGCCAGUCCCUAGGGUGUUAGGCUUGUCUGCUUCGAUUGUAGCCAGUCACGUGUCAGAAAUCAAGUUCCAAGUUAAAAAGCAAGAGCUGGAAGACCUUAUGGAGGCUGAAGUGGCCACCGUUGAAGAUCUUGGAAAGUACCUGGAAUUCAUGACAAGUCCGGAUGAAGAGUUUGUGGUAUUUGAUGAUGUCAUGGAGGCUGGAACUUUUUGGGACAAGGCAGCUUUUCUGACCGACUUAACACUUGUCGGUCAAGUUCAGUCCGAAGAGACUUCUAAAAUUGAGGAUCGUAUUGAUCGGGGCGUAGCCGAGUUACAAGACACCAAAACGAUUAAGAAGAUAAAGAAUCUUGUAUUGAGCACCAUUCAAGUGCUCGAUGAAAUUGGCAUUUAUGGGGCGAGCAAGGUCUUGGACACGUUGGUUGAAGACAUCAUUGGUGUGAAACUCGAGUCUGUGGACAGCACCUUUGAAGAGAGUCUACUUCGUGUGGCCGAAAAACAUGUCAAGAAAUUCAAGCGUUUAGUGGAAGAGGCCCUGGCCAAGUCCACUUUGGAUGGCUUGGACAAGAUCCGGCACUUCUCCAGUCCCAAAGUCAACGUCCUUUUGGACAAAAUGUCGGAUUUCGUCUUGAACAACGCCAAACAAUCCGACGGCUCGUCGAGUAACAUCUCCGCCAUCGUGUUUGUCAAAGAGCGCGUGUGCACUUCGAUCUUGCGCUAUGUUCUGAGGGAGGCCUUUGCCCACAUUCCCCAUCUGUCGACUUUGAAAGUGGAUUUGGCCGUCGGCGGUCAGACUUCGUUCAAUUUCAAGGCAAUGGGGCAAGAAAUCAGUACCAAUAUGAUUCGAGAGAGCCAAAAGCUCCGCCAGACCUUGGCCAAGUUUGCCGGGGGUCAGAUCCAAGUUAUGGUAAGCACUUCUGUCUUGGAGGAAGGAAUCGAUAUCCGACAAUGCAACUUCGUGGUCAGGUUUGAACCCCCCGGCAAUCUGAGGCAAUACAUUCAAAGCAAAGGACGAGCUCGAGCGAAACCGUCCAAGUACUUGCUGAUGACUUGUAAAUCAGAUUUUGCUCCAUUCGCACAGAAGAUCAAUGAUUACCGCAAAUUGGAGCGCCUCCAAAUCAGAACUUGUCACCAUAUCGAAAGCAAACCAGACGAACCCUGUCGAUCUCCCAAGAUUUACUAUGCAAACCCUCAUGAACCUGACACGAGUCCCAAAACCACGGAAAUGGAAGCGAUAUCGUUGGUUCACCAGUACAUCCAGAAGUUGCCCUGCGACCGAUUCACGACCCUGGUUCCAUUUUGGGAGGCCAAAACAGAGACCUUAGCUACCAUGGGCGGGGCCCGUCAAUUGUUGUUUCAUGGCUUGGGCAUGGGGGAGGAUCGUCUCGAGACCAAAUGGUAUUUCGUUCUUCACAUGCCCCAUCUGUCACCAAUUCGCAAGCCCAUUACAGGUCCAAGGGUCAGAGAUAAAGAGUCGGCUAAGCGACGUUGUGCCUUAAAGGCGGUGGAGGUUCUUCACCAAAUGGGCGAAUUGACGGAUCGCCUCAUUCCCAGGGACAAUGAUGACUCUGACGACUCUGAUGAUGAAUCAUCGGGGACGGGGCCCAAAGUGGGCACCACCAAGAGCAAGAAAUACUACAAAAAACACUCGUGGAAGGCCUUCAACUCAUUAGACAUGUCUCGAGGAGAGUCGUAUCUUUACAAGAUGGAUCUUCAAUUGGUGGAGCCCAUUUCUGAGGCCGAAAAUGACAAGGAUUAUGAUUUAUAUCAUCCUGAAAACGAGUCCAGGAAGGUGGGCGUUAUUCUUGGCCAACCCAUUCCAGAUGUGGGUUUGACUAGAUUUCAUCUCUACAACUACUCAGGGAAGAUUCUGGUUCAAUUUCAAUUGGUGAGCAGGGUCGAUCUCUCUAAUGCACCCGAUCGUCGCACUCAAAUCAAGCAUUUCCACUCACACGUUUGUCGAGAUACUCUGAAGAUGGUCCCUCCAUGGUUUGACUACCUUGAUGAAAAGAACCCGAACUUCUUGAUCGUUCCCCUCCUCAACAAUGUUUUGGAUGAACUACUCUUGAACGAUAUCUUCACCAAGGAUGUGUUUGACUAUCCUGAUCCUGUUGUGAAGCCUCUUCAUCGGGAUAUAGGCCACUUUAUGGUGGAAAAGGUCCUCCAAAACCGUUCUCCCAGCUCGCCCCUAGAAAAUAACGCCAAGGAAACGUUUGCAUCCUACUAUGAAAACACCUAUGGAUGCAAAGUCACUGAUCAAAGUCAGCCGCUUUAUCGAGUGAGCAAUGCUGAUGCACGCCAUGACUUUCGGCUCCCAUUCCCAAGGAAGCAGUCGGACAAAGCAUCGAGUAGAAAAAAUACAUUUUUGCUCAUUCCAGAGCUUACACAAGUCCAACCUAUCCCUGCCAGUUUAUGGCGGGAACUGCAACUACUCCCUUUUGCCUUAUACAGAGUCCAGAGUUUUAUGCAAGUCCAAGACCUCCGUGAUACCUUGGCUGUGUCGAUGUCCAUGAGCGACAAAACUGCCGUUAAUUUGGACGCCACGUUUGACUUCUCUCUCACUCGACCAGAGUUUGGUGCCCUCAUUUGCGGUUUACAGGAAGACGUUGAUUCCGAAAGCAUGCCCUCUCUCAUGGAAUUGAUUGAGCCUUUGACUUUCAGCUCUUGUCGCGAAACCUUCGAUUUGGAAAGGCUGGAAAUCCUGGGGGAUGCUUUCUUGAAGUACGCAACCAGCAUAUUCAUCUAUUUCAAAAAUGAUCAGAUUCUUCAGGAGGGAUCCUUGACGGCCUUGAGAACCAAGGUCAUUUCAAACAAGAACCUCUUUCGUAAGGCCAUGGCCAUGCAAUUGGCCAAGUUUGUGUCCCCACAGAUUUUUGAGCCACAUCGCAACUGGAAUCCACCCGGAUUUGCCGACAUGGUGGGCGUGGAGAAGUUGAUCUGUGAUUGGGACGAAGAGGAUCGAUUGCUUUCUCCUCCCAGAUCCUACAGUCUUUUUGAUGCCAUUACUAUGGAACAAGUGUCGGAUUUGGCCAAAGAAUUGCGGACGCAGGGUCAAAUUGAGGCGAGCGAGAAGGCCAAAGUCAUAAAAAUGGCUAAAGAAGAAAUGGCUAAGCCUAAAGAGAAGGCACAGCCGAAUUCCAAUGGGCGUACCCUAAUUCGUCCUCGUGAUUAUCAUCUGAUUGGCGACAAAAGCCUCGCGGAUUGCAUGGAAGCCUUGAUAGGAUGCUUCCUGGCACAUCAAGGCCCAAAAAUGGCCUUACGUGCCAUGCUGGCAUUGGGGAUUGACUUGUCCAACUCCGACCGGGAUUUCGAUCAAUGGUUUUCUCCACCGACAAAUGCAUUUCAUGAAGACCUUCAAAUUAUUGAUCAUGAUGAAAAAAUCCUCGUGCUGGUUAAAAAGGCCCAAUUGUCGAUGGUGGAACAGAAGAUAGGUUAUCAGUUCAGGGAGAAAUCAUGGCUUCUUCAGGCUUUGACCCACUGCUCUUACAAUUCCAACAACUUCACGGACUCCUAUGAACGGCUUGAAUUCUUGGGGGAUGCAGUGUUGGAUUAUUUGGUCACUUGUCAUUUGGUCUCUAAAUAUCCGGACAAAGACCCGGGGGAAAUCACGAUUUUGCGGUCGUCACUCGUUUGCAAUAACACCUUGGCCAAAGUCACGGUUCAGAACCAAAUCCACAAGUUUUUGUUGCAUUCAAGUCCACAAAUCUUCAAGAAGAUCCACGAUUACGCUAAUUACACUUUGAAUGAAUUGAAUGAACUUCACGCCAAUGACUCGGCCAAAGUGACCCUAUCCAAUCUGGACUUGCUCAAUGAGAACACUUGUCCCGUUUUGGAGGAUGUGGAGAUUCCAAAAGUCUUGGGGGACGUUUUGGAAGCUCUUCUGGGUGCCGUCUACAUUGACUCGAAAUUCGACCUCCCGUUGGUAUGGAACUUGGUGAAGCGGUUGUUCCCUGAAAUGGAUGAAGUGGUGGCACUGAAGCCCCAGAGUCCGGUCAAACUUCUUAUGGAAAAAUAUCCCGAACGUGUGAAAUUUUGUACCUUGCCAAAAUUGGGACGAGGCCUUAACCGUACUGUGAUGGGAGUGGAAAUUUUCGACAGACCAUUGACUAAAGACAAGGAUCAAAGAGUGCCUCCCAAACGAAAGGCCAUAUUUAAAGGCCUGGGCCCGAACAAACGGAUGGCCAAGGAAACUGCUUCUCGAUGUUGCCUUCGAGAAAUCCAUUUACGUGGUUUGAUAUUGUGAAAGUAAAAUAUUUUGAGUGUUUGAAACUAUUGUUUUUUUCUUUCUUUCUUCUAAAUUCUAAUGCAAUGAACGCAAGUUGAUUCAGGAAGCCCAAUAAAAAUCCUCGUCAACUAGA